UAAAAGUAACAAGUUUAAAAAAAAAACAUGUUAAGAAUAUUUCCUUGCGUUGGCAAUACUUUUUGCAAUGGAAGCAAUGCUAUGACAGCAUUGACAGUUUGUUCGGAGGCGUCAUCCAUUCCAUUGUUUUCUUGUGUAUAAAAAGUUGUGAGUAAAUAAAGAAUUAACCAAUGUACAAGUAAAAGUUGGGUUCGUAUGUUUUGUGAGUGAAUAUAAGAACACUCCAGAACAUAAUGUAUUAUAGACACCGAAAUUAUUAGGUCACUGAUCUAAUUACAAGGAGAAAUCAGUUGACAUUGUAACCAAGGAUUUUAACCUAAGAAAAAAAAAUGGCUGAUCUACUGAAUUCAGAUAUCUUUAUGCAGGAAUUGCAGGACUUACAGGAAUUUGCAUCAGCUGCUAUGGCAGAGGAAAUCUUGUCAGAUGUAAAACCUGCUAUCGAGACUUUAAAUAACAUAGUCUCAGUGAUUCCCUCAAGUGAUUUUAAUGAGCAACAGGAGAAAGAACCAGAAAAGUCUCCACAAGCAGAAGAAAAUUUGGGACAAUCCAUUGAAAGUCCCACAACAGCAGAAAAGGAAUCAUUCCAUUUUAAGUGUAUUUUUUGUGAGCAAUUGCUAAGUGCUAAAGAUGAUCCGAAGAUAUUGGAAUGCCUCCACAAUGCAUGUGGUAAUUGUGUCAAGCAAAAACUAUAUGAAGGUUCAGUUGAUGCUCAAACAAGUUCGACACACCACAAAGGAUUUCAAUGUCCAAUCUGUGGAUAUUUCAUGGAAAGAAAACAUUUAAUAGACAAUCAGUUUCUGUUGGAAGCUACAAAUAAUGACGAAAUAAAUAAAUUAACGGAUGUGAAAUGCAGCAAUUGCUCUGACGAUGCUUUAGCAACAAGUUGGUGUGUUGAUUGUGCUGAGUUCAUUUGUGAUAAUUGUGUACAAGCACAUCAAAGAUUAAAAAUUACAAAGGAUCAUACAAUUAAAGGAAAGGAAGAUGGCAUUAUAAAUAGUCAGAACAAUGUUAACAAUGCAAUUACGUAUUUAUUAUGUGAACAACAUCCUAAUGAAAAGUUAACUUUGUUUUGUGAGAAUUGCGAUAAACUAACAUGUCGGGAUUGUCAGUUAACUGAACAUCGGGAUCACAAAUAUAAAUUCACACAUGAGAUUGCACAUGAUUCUAGAUCACAAAUGCAAGCAAUGUUGAAAGAUAUAACAUAUAAGAAAAUUUUAUUAAAUAGUGCCAUGCAAGUAAUUGAAGAUCGCCAAACAUUAAUAUCUAGGAAAAAGAAGGAUCUUGUACAGGAAAUUACAAAUCUUGUAGUUCGGUUGACACACACCAUUAAUGUGAGGGGAAAACAAUUGGUUUCAAGAUUGAAUGAAGUUUGUGAUACAAAACAGAAAACUUUAGAUGAGAAGAAAGUUGCAUUAAAUCAUUUGUCUAAGAUUACUGAUCAUUGCAUUGAUUUUACUCAGAAAGUGCUUGAAAAUGGCAGUGAUAAUGCUUUGUUAUAUUCAAAGAGACAUGUAACAUGUCAUCUACAGAGAAUUAAAUCUCGCAGAGCAGAUAUUCCAAACCCAGAGGUUCCAGUUCGAAUUAAUUUAGCUCUUGAUAGGGUACCAGAUCUAGUUAAAGGAUUAAAUAGCGUUAUUUCGAGUAUUGGUCAGAUUAUAGUAGAUGGAAAAGUAUUUCCCUCGCAGUCUCCAUCUCCGAACUCUAUGCCCCCGCAAAAUUCACCAAAUCCAAUUCAAAUGAUUUCACAACAGCAGGAGCACGCUGUACAACAACCACAGCCUCCGCCACCUUACACUCAAACUAGGAUGCUGACACCAUACGGACAACAGCAUCAAUAUUCAUCAUCAAUGAACAGAAAUUUACGACAGACCAGACCCAGCUGUGGUCCAAAUCAAGGCCAAAGCCAAGGUUUAGGUCCUAUGGGUGGAAUACCACCAAUGGCACUAACUCAACAGUUAAAUCAAAAUAUGCAAAGAUUGCCAAUGCAUCGACCAACAUUAAGACCUAUUCUACCGAAUCUGCAAUCUAGGAUACACCCCGCCACUGGGAUAAAUAAUCAACAAGUGACUUCGUCAACACAUCCACAGGGAAUGAUGCAAGAUAGAAAUAAUUUGCGGGGCUUAUUGCAACCUAAUGGUAAUGCGGUGUAUGUCCAAACUGGGCCAGGCCAAUAUCAGGCAGUACAACCGCAAUAUGCUCAACAGUUCCAAAACCGUUUCAAUACACAGCCAUUUCAGCGACCACCAAUGUAUCAACAGCAGCAGCAACAACAGCAAACGCAUCAACAACAACAACAACCACCUCAGCGACUUCAAAAUAUGCCAUUGAGACCUGCUACUAGGGAUUUUCAAACACCGCCUCAGCAACAACAAACACAGCAAAUGCAACUUCAACAGCAGAGAGCUCAGAAAUGGCACAUACCGCAACAAACAAAUGAAAAUAGAAAUAUUUUAUCAACUUCGCUUACUAUGCCUACAUUAAACAAUAACUUUAAAAUAAUGCUAAAAUCGCAACAACCGAAUUUGUUGGAAUCUAACAAAAGUUCUGUAACUUCGACGAUACCAAAAACCCCAAGUCCGAAUCACCUUCAGGGAGCAGCAGAAACGCGUAUGGAUAAACUUUGUGCAGAUUCUGUGAAUGAUUUGAUGGCAACCAUCGCCAAGUUGGAUUCUAAUGGAGUUCAGGUUCUCGCUGAAAAUAGACCGAAAACGGGUAGUUCACCGCACGUAGACAGCUCUACAGGAGACGCAUUAACGAGUGGAAAAUCAAAAAAUGAAACAAUGGAAAUUGGAAAAGAUGAUCCCAAUGAAGAUUGGUGCGCUGUGUGCAUGGACGGCGGAGAACUAGUCUGUUGUGACAAAUGUCCGAAGGUAUUUCAUCAAUUUUGCCACAUUCCAAAUUUGAGCGUCGAAGAAAGCGAUACAUGGCAAUGUCUCUUGUGCAUGAAUUUCGCCGACGUUCCUGAUACUAAUGAAGAACACGUGGAAAAUGAACUUACACCUAGGCAAAAGAAAGUGGCCGAAAGAAUUAUAUUAGAAUUAUAUUGUCAGUAUGAACCUAGCCUUCCUUUUAGAGAAAUUAUUGGAGUUGAGAAUAUAAAUUACCAUGAAAUUAUUAAGAAUCCAAUAGCUUUAGAUACGGUUAGACAUAAGUUAGAUUGGUCUUCUCCUAACCGAUACGGAUCCCUAGAACAGUUAGUAAAAGAUGUUCGUUUAAUGUUUAAAAAUGCAUAUACCUUUAAUGCAAUCGAUUCACAAGUAUAUACAGAUGCUGCGAAUUUGGAGAAAUUCUUUGAUGAGCAAUUAGAAAAAUGGAUUCCAGAGUAUGCUUAUGACAUGUUGGAAGAUGAGAAUAUUCAACCGCCAAAUAAGAAAUACAAAAGGAUAAUAAGUGAUGAUUAACAUGUAUGUUCCUGGUAAUUUAUUCAAUCCAUGAUUACUAACUCCAUUUAUUUUAUUUUUUGUAAUUAUUAAAAUCAUUUU